AUGCCUGCAGACUACUCCCGUGCUGAGGCCUACGAGCUGCCCCCCAUCUCCCCCUCCGCCAAACGCUACAGCCAAGAACAGGCCAGUCUCGACGACCCAGAAGACGCUAGGUUGCUUGAUCCCGAGGCAGCAGACAAGGAUCUCGAGGGAGACUUGGACGAGGACCCAGCAUCAUAUAUACGGCGGACACAGGAUGAAGAGGUGGUGGGCAAGGGCGGAAAGACGGUGCCAUCCCACGACGAUCCAUCGCUGCCGACUCUGACACUACGCGUGCUGGUCCUCGGCAUCUCCUUCUGCGCUCUAGGAGCUUGUGCCUCUCAAAUCUUCUACUUUAAAAGUAACGCCCCUUCCUUUUCAUCCUACUUUGUCAUCCUGGCAACGUAUCCGCUGGGUCAUCUGUUGGCGAACGAAAGGUUGAUACGAAGAGGCAAGACAAUAUUCGGGUGGCAACUCAACCCUGGCAAAUUUAGUAUCAAAGAGGCAAUUCUCGUCAGCGUGCUCUCAUCCUCGGGGGCGUCUUCGGCCUAUGCUGCUGAUAUUCUUGCCAUCAUGGACCUCUAUUUCGACACGCCCCUCUCACGCAUUCCCUCCAUCAUGCUCCUUCUGACCACUCAGUGCAUAGGCUUUGGGAUGCUUCAGAACAUCCUCGUCUCCCCUCCCGCCAUGUACUGGCCUUCCACUCUUGUCACUGUCCAGCUCUUCACCACUCUCUACUCUUCCACCUCGGUCUCCCUUUCUUCCGCCCAAAAGCUCCUCACCCGCUCCCGCCUUCGCCUCUUCAUGUUUGUUUUUCUCGUGAUCUUCCUCUACCAAUUCCUCCCCUUUCUCCUCUUUCCAACCCUGACGAGCGUGUCGGUGUUGUGUCUGGUGGACAAUGAGAGCUGGUGGUUUAGGACACUAGGGAGUGCUUAUUCGGGGCUGGGGAUGGGGGAUUUCAGUUUUGAUUGGAGUAGCGUGGGGUCGUCAGGGCCAUUGUAUACGCCUUACUGGGCACUGGGCAACUACUUCGGAGGGCUUGUCGGGAUGAUCUGGGUUAUCACUCCUAUCAUCUUGUUUACCAACUUUUGGAACGCCCGAGACUUUCCCACACCGGUCUCUGCAGGCUUGUUCAACUCUACAUUCCAAAAAUUCGACGUCACCUCCAUCCUCAAGCCUGACCUGUCCCUGGACGAAGUGGCGUUUGAGAUGCAAAAGCCUUUGCUGCUGACACCAUUCUUUGCGCUAAGUUAUGGGAUAUCGUUCGCAGCGCUUUCGAGCGUGCUGGUUCACGUAUGGCUUUGGCACAGAGAUGAGAUCAAAGAUGCGCUUUCCAAUCGCACAGAACUGAACGACGCGCACAACAAACUGAUGCGGGCCUAUCGAGCUGUACCGUCAUCUUGGUAUCUGGGUCUCCUUGCUGUCAACUUUGGUGCUGCAGUGAUACUGGUCAAGACUACACCUCUCCAGAUGCCCAUUUGGGCCCUGAUGCUAGCCAUGGCCAUCGCUACUCUGACUUGCAAAAGUGUCGGCAUCAUUACGGCUGUCAGCAAUACACAGAUUGGCUUGAAUGUCCUCACAGAAUUUGUGGCAGGUAUCUUGAUGCCUGGGAAGCCCGUCGGCAACGUCACUUUCAAAUGCUAUGGCUACAUGGCAAUGAGCCAAGCUUUGGCCCUCACAUCCGACCUCAAGCUGGGCUGGUACACGUCCAUUCCCCCUCGCGAGAUGUUUUGUUGCCAGAUCAUUGGCACAGUCAUAGGUGCCCUUGUCAACUACGCCACCCUCGAGUCUGUCCUCUCCUCCAAGCGCCCCUACCUCACCGGCGCCCUGGUCGACCCAACAGCGCAGUGGACAGGAAGGGCUCCAUCGAUCUUCUAUUCGGCAAGUAUCAUUUGGGGAGCGGUGGCGCCUGCGAGAUUCUUUAGUGGAGGGUAUGAGGUGCUAUAUCUUGGGUUCUUGGUAGGAGCGGUUGUACCAGUGGGGCUAUGGCUAGCUCAUCGAAGGUGGCCGAGGCACAAGCUGAACAAUGUCGUGCUUCCCAUCAUUUGCAGUGGAGCCACAGUCAUCCCGCAGUACCCGACCAACAUCAUUCUCACCUCUCUCCUUACCGCAGUCUUUGUCAACUCUUGGUUCGCCAAACGAUACCCCCAGAUACACUCUCAAUAUAUAUACGUUAUAUCCUCUGCCCUCGACGCCGGCACGUCUAUCACUGCGUUAGCCAUCUACAUUCUCUUUGGGGGAGUUUUGUGGAAUUGGCAGGGGUGGGAGUGGUGGGGGAAUUCGGGCGUUGAUUCCGAGCACUGUGUGCCAGCAAGUUGA